ACAUAUUAGUAUUGGUAAGCAGUAAUUGUAUGAAGUACCUGAAUAUAUUGUAAUGAGUCUUAAAGUGAAACCCCACCAGAGCAGUCAACAUUGUGAAGAGCGAUCCGAAAUUGGUUGAGCUACGAAACAUUGGUCCUUCGAACCGGAUUUUGAAGAACAGUGCAGGAAUAGUAGUAGUAUUUCGGUAGAAAAUCGUUCGCAAGCGCACUAAGAAGUAUUGCUGUGUAGUGCGUGUGACUUUGGAUAGAUAGUGGGUUUCUGUGUUAAGACCAGCAUCGGAUAAAGGAACAGCAAAGCUGCUUAUCCGGAAGGAGCAGUUGUGUGAACAAAUCGGUGCAUGUAAAGAAGUGGCUUUGCAUAAGAUAAGCAUCAAAUACGAUCGCAUCAGAAAGCGUAUUUCAUUGCACAUUAUUGAACGCUACAGCAUCCGUUACGUGUGUGAGAGACAAUUUAGUGCGUUGAAAGGAAGCUGCGCGUGUGAGAGAGAGAAGGACAUAGACAGUGAAACGCGCGUACUGUGAAUUUGUGUAAGCGUCGUGAUCGAGAGAGUGUACAGUUAUCAACGCUACGGAGAUUUUGUGCAAUUGUGCAGUGUUUGUUUGAAGUAUUGUUUCGGGACAACGUAACUUGUACAAGUGUAAGCCAAAGCGUCUUCAGUGGUCAGCAACUUAACUCGACUUGUGAUAAUUAAAUUUCAUAACGAUGAAGCCUAGUAAUCUGAAACGGUUGAGCAAGGUAUACAGCGAUCGUCUGGCGUGGAUCGAUGAGUAUGUGGAUUUUGUGGACAAUUUCGACGCAAACAAACAUCGUGCUGAAAUUAUAAGUCAGCUUACGGCAUUGGAAGAAACCAAAAGGGAAUAUGAAAACGCAAGAGAAAGACUAUUGUUCGAAGAUGACGAUGCAGAUGAAGUGAAAUUGCGUAGUGGCCGGAAAGAGUUCUUUAAGAAAUACCAAAAGUUCAGAGGUUUCCUGUUAGAGUAUCAAGGCCAAGAACAUGGGCGACCCACAGCAAAUAGUACAAUGGCGAAUACUACGUGCACUACAGUGAAAAUGCGACUACCGAAGAUAGAGCUACCGUCAUUUAAUGGUGAAAUCACGCAGUGGGUGACAUUUAAAGACAGAUUCACAUCCUUAAUGCAUGAUGUAGUGGAGUUAACGGAUGUCAUGAAAUUGCAAUAUUUGCUAUCGUCGCUGAAGGGGGAUGCCGCGUUGCAAUUUGAGCAUGUGCCAUUGGAUGAUAAGAGCUAUGCUCCUACGUGGCAGGCGCUGUUGAACCGGUACGACGACGACAAGCUGCUGAAACGAGAGUACUUCAAGGCCUUGGUCCAGCUCGAGCCAAUGAACGCCGCAACUGCAGUUGAGCUUACCAGAAUAGUUAAUGAGACCGGACGUUUGGUUCAAGGCAUGGAACGACUAGAAGAGCCAACCAAGCAUUGGAACACGCCGCUUACAAUUCUGGUAAUGUAUAAGCUCGAAAAGAACACACUAAUGGCCUGGGAACAAUUUUCAGCGGAGCAGUCGAAUGAUUCCUAUGACAAACUAUUGGAGUUUUGCGAGAAAAGAAUCAGGAUCCUGAACAGCACUGCCCUGCACCAGACGAAUGUGAUCGAAACUAGAGCAGCUACUAGAUCCACUUAUCAGCGAGGAUGAUUCACAUCCCAGGAGCAGCAAAUAGCAAAGGGUAGAAUGCACAGCGUUACGAGGCUUCAACAUCAGCCGUUCUCCAUGACCUGCGCUGCCCAAUCUCAUCCAUUGACGAGAAAAGUGUGUCCUGUUUGCGAUGAUCAGCACUACUUGGCGAAUUGUGUGGCCUUUGGAAAACUAAGUGUUGCUGAGAGAGAAGAAGUGGUGAAGAAAGAAGGCCUGUGUUUCAGCUGUUUGAGGCAAAAUCAUCGCAUCAGAUUCUGCAGAUCGACCACGAGAUGCAGUCAGUGCAACGGUAGACAUCACACGAUGUUAUGUAAGGGGCAGCAGAUCCCGUCGCAACAACAUCAAUUGCCUAUGCAGCCCACGAACGAAGACAUCAACAUCAAUGCAGCUACACGUGACGAAUCUAAAUUGGAGAGCACGGUGUGGCUCUCAACGGCUGUCGUACUGGUUCAAAACGAGCAAGGAGUAAAACAUCCAGCCAGAGCGUUGAUUGAUCAAGGGUCACAAUCCAACUUUAUUUCUGAAAGAUUGGCACAACAACUGAAACUGCGCAAGAAGACAAUGCUCAAACCACUCUCAGGCAUCGGAUCAGUGUCAGUAUUUGCGAAUGGUAUGGUUUCGGCCCAGAUUAAGUCUCGUGUUUCAGACUAUCAGACAACGCUCAAUUUUCUUGUACUUCCGAGAGUAACGGCAGACUGUCCCAGUCGAUAUAGUGAUGUCAGCAGAUGGAAUCUUCCGAACGAAGUCGUAUUAGCUGAUCCAUUGUUUUUCAAGCCGGAAAGGAUUGACUUGCUAAUUGGUGCAGAGGUGUUCGGAGAGCUAUUAGAACAAGGCCGAAUUGCAUUAGCGAACCAUCUUCCCAACUUGUUACAAACUAAACUCGGCUGGAUUGUUUGUGGAAAGGUGUCUAAAAGGAAUGUAUUAUCCACUGGAGGUGAAAUCGCUGGUUGUGCCAUAGAUGAAGAAUUCCAUUCAACUGUGGAGAGGUUGAUCAAGCUGGAAGAUAUACCUGAAGAGAAGCUACCCACCCCGUAAGAAAGCAUUUGUGAAGAUUGGUACAACAAAACAACUCGCAGAAAUGAAGAAGGAAGAUAUAUAGUUAAACUCCCUAAGGUGCCUGAUUUUGAGAAGGAAUUCGGCGAGUCUUAAAGUGAAACCCCACCAGAGCAGUCAACAUUGUGAAGAGCGACCCGAAAUUGGUUGAGCUAAGAAACUUGAAAUUGUCAUUUCAAGAUCGCCUAGAUUUACCCUAAUUGCGACGCAUUCUAUGAUGUCUUGUCUAGAGGUUGUUAUUCAAGAAAAGGUGUGACUCCUUUUUACCCCGAUUAACACUCCUCCACCCCUUGCAAGCCGAUCUUGACGGAUUUAAUUUUAUCCCGGGAAGGUUAUGUUUAUGUCAGGUGAUAGCAUGGUUUUGCACAGGGUGAAAACGUCACAAUUGUUUUCACUGACUGUGACUUUAAAAAAAUCUAAUUUACCAAGGAAACGUCUACAGUUCCAUUGUAGUAUGUUGGCCAUUUCAGAUUAUUCAUCCAAUCGGACCAUCAUACUCAAGCUUGGCCAUUGUGAUAUCCUGGAACUCUAAGCCCUUCAAAAAUAAGAUACUUGGGUAAGAUGUUACCCUCAAACGUAACACGAAACGAUGCUGUUUCACGAUACGUUUUUAUACUUUCGGAUGGUACAGAAGCAUAAAGUUUCUUGGCUUCGAGGACGUUUACAAAUGGAAUGUCGGGGGAUUGGAAAGCGCCUUUCCCGUAUUUUGUUAUGUCAUUCAGAGGAUAAUCGGAAUCCUCGAUCACUCCUAUCACUUCUACCGAUCUACCGGGGAUAUAAACACGGUAGUGUUCUGUGUAUUCAAGAUCAGCAGCUAUAGCGUCUGCUUGUGUUCUAUCUUUAGCUGUUACUCUGAUCUUGUUCAAACGAACGCGAAAAACAUCGAGAACGUCAGGAUAUUUUUUGUAAAUUAUCCUACCUAUCACUCUUAUGUCCAUCGGUUUUUCCCGAGGCAUUAAAAAUUUAUACCCAACGUCCCUCCCAUGACGGUGGGUACGCGCGGGGACGGUGUGUUUGUCUUAUUAGUUCAUUCGUCAGACCACCAUCCGCUCCCAUAUCAGAAUCAGCGAGCGAACCAUGCCCAGCUUUCUUCCUUUUAACAGGAAUGAAUCCAGCUGUAUCAUCUUCUUCUGAUGCCAUCUAAUUUGCAAGAGAUCAGGGUUGUGCGAAGGAGACAGAUAACUACACUCACCUAAGCAAAGAUCACAAGAACGAUAACGUACCACACUAAAUGCGUUGCUAGCGCUACGUGAGCGUCAGCACCGUAGGACUUUCACUUUUGCUCUAGCACACUAGACACUUAAACACACGCUGUUGUGCUACAUGCAACACUGCGGUAGUAUCACAAGUUGAUUUGAUUACACGUUGUGCCGUUGACCUAAGCUCUGCUUUCGUGCACGGGAGCAGAUCCAAAAAGCGUCCGAUCUCGUCCAGAGUUGGAAGCGGAAUGAAAUCAAAUUUUGAUUAAGAGUAAUUCUACGUUAAGUUCACUCAAUCUAAACUUUUCUCCAUUGUACCUAACAUUCACUGUUCACUAUUUUCGCACCACGUAUUCACAAUUAUAAAAAUUUAAAUUAUAUUAUAGUAAAUUAAAUUGACUCGUAAUGACUCACAGUAACAAUAUGUAGACUUUGAAGCAAUUGCAGCAUCAUCGUUGUCCACGUAGUGAUGUCCACGAAGCGAUGUCCACGCAGUGUCUCGAGUUGGAAGGUUGAUGUAACUUUCCGGUAUUGGGAUGAAAUCUUGCGGGAUGCUCCGGAUGGUCCUUUUGGAUGAUUAAUCGGCGUUAAUCGAGAGAGAUGUCAUGAUGUGCAGGAACUUUCAUUCUUCAUGUAGCUUGUGCAGGUUUAUUUUAAUAUUACUUGUUGUUAUGCGUGUAGCGGAUAAAACACGUCCAGUCUCGAUGAGUGCAGUAACAGAAGAGAGUCUAUAUUCUCAAAUUGCAAUUCGUAUCGUACAAUCGUAACUGCGUGCUUUGCUAUAAAACAAGUGUUAAAUCCUUAUUUCAGUUCUUGACUUGCGUUGGCUAUUCUCAAUACUCCUCCUCAACGCAAGUUUCUCACUCAGCAUAUUGUUAUUUUGAUACUAACGUAGACAACCCUAUGAUGUUUAUAAGCUUUUGCAUUCUAAUCCUAGCAAAUGGUUUAGUUAAUAGAUCCGCGACCAUUUCUUCCGAUGUGCAAUACACGCACCUUAUUUCUCCUUUCUUAAUUUGAUCUUUUGUGAAAUGAUAACGAGUAGCAAUAUGCUUUGUUCUAUUACUCAACUUUUCACCCGCUAGCAAUUUUAAACAGCUCUGGUUAUCUUCGUUAAUUACAACUGACUGCGCAUCAUUUAAAUCCUUCAGAAGUAGUUUCAACCAUAUUGCUUCUUGUAUUCCUUCUGAUAAUGCUACAAAUUCUGCCUCAGCUGUUGAUAACGUCACGCAUGAUUGUUUUCGACAAGCCCAACUGACCAUUCCUCCAUUUACUGUGAAAACAUAUCCACUGUUGGAUUUUCUAUCUAUUCUGUUCUCGGGCCAAUCGGAGUCACAAUAUCCAAUUAUUCCACUAUUGCUUCCUUUUUCACUCAAUCGCAAACGAUAGGCCAAUAUUCCCCUUAAGUAUCUGACUACUCGCUUUAGUUCACACCAAUCACUCUGUGUGGGUCUAGUUAUUUUUUGACUCAGUAUAGAUUCUGCCGCAGAUAUACCAGGUCUAGUAUUUAUCGCAAUAUAUAACAAUUUGUCUAUCAGCUUUUGAUACUCCUUAUUGUCCGUAAGCUCUUUUGACUCUUCUUCUCUCUUUAUGUAAACUGGAUCGAUCGGAAUGCUAGAGGAUUUUGCAUUGGAUAAGCCACUUGACUCAAUUACUUCUUUAAUAUAAUUGUGUUGAUUGAUGAAAUAAUCUCCUCGCUCAUCCUUUUCAACUUCAAUUCCAAGGAAGAAUCUAAUAUCCCCUAAUACGUUAACUUGAAAUGAUUUCUGCAACCCAGUAAGUAAUGAUUCGAUCAUUUCAAUAUUCUCUCCGGCGACUAUCAAAUCGUCUACGUAUACUAAGACAUAGCACCAAUCUUUUG